AUGCAGAUUCGAGAGCGGACCAAUCAAACGGCGUCGGUCGGUUUGUUGGACGAGCUGCACUUUGCACACGUUAUUGCAACCAUGUUCCUUCGUCGCGCGGCGGCGUCGUCGCUUGCCUUUGGCCGCACUCGUGUGCAUGCGUCGCCACGAUUCUUCUCUCCAGCUGCUACCCAGCACUGCAUGAACAUGAGCACACUGCCGCGCAAUGACCGCAUUCGCAACGUUGCGAUCGUUGCCCACGUCGAUCACGGCAAAACGACACUCGUCGACCAAUUGCUCAAACACGGCGGAAACAUGCUGAGCGAGGACCGAGUCAUGGACAGUAUUGAUUUGGAGCGAGAACGUGGUAUCACGAUCAUGUCCAAGUGCACGCGCGUCGAGUACGAAGGACGCGUGCUCAACAUUGUCGACACGCCCGGCCACGCUGACUUUGGCGGCGAAGUCGAGCGCAUCUUGAGCAUGGUGGACGGCGUCGUGCUCGUCGUAGACGCGACGGAAGGCCCGAUGUCCCAAACCAAGUUUGUGUUGACCAAAGCCUUGAACCGUGGGCUCAAGCCACUGGUUGUCAUCAACAAGGUCGAUCGCCCAACCAGUCGGUUGGGGGGCGAAGUCGAGAACGAGCUUUUCGACAUGUUUGUCGCGCUGGAUGCGAACGACGAGCAGCUCGAAUUCCCCGUCUUGUACGCAUCAGCCAAGCAAGGAUGGGCAGUGAACUCUCUCGAAGACGAAGGCGAAGACCGCACGUCCAUGAAGGCGCUGCUCGACCAAAUCGUCGAGUACGUCCCGGCACCAGAAGCCGAUAUGGACUCGCCGUUUUCCAUGGCCGUGACCAUGUUGGGCCAUGAUCCGUACGUCGGUCGGUUGGCCACUGGCCGAGUGUACACGGGUCGCGUCAAGGUCGGCGAUGCCAUCCACGUGGUGAACCGCGAUGGCCAAAAACUCGAAUCUGGCAAAGUGACCAAGAUGUUUGUCACCCGUGGCACGACCAAGUCGGAAAUCUCGGAGGCCGAAGCUGGCGAUAUCAUUACGGUGGCCGGUGCCAACGCUUACGUAUCGGACACGAUCGCAAACCCUGAAGUCGUGCGGUCGAUUCCGUCGCCGCAACUGGACCCGCCGACCAUUUCCAUGACGUUUGGCGUGAAUGACAGUCCCAUUGCGGGGAAGGAAGGCAAGUUUUUGACGUCGGGACACAUCAAGGAGCGGCUCAUGCGCGAAACGGAGAACAACGUGGCGAUUUCAGUCACGGCCAGCGAAACCUCGGAAGCAUUCAACGUCCACGGUCGCGGCGAAUUGCAACUCGCCAUCUUGAUCGAAGAAAUGCGCCGCGAAGGGUUUGAGAUGUGCGUGUCGGCGCCCCGCGUCCUGUUCAAGCACGAUCCCGAAACCAACAACAAGCUCGAACCUGUCGAAGAAGUCACGGUCGACGUCGAUCAAGACUUUUCCGGCAUCGUCAUCGACAAGCUCAGCACACGCGGCGGCGAGUUGGUCGAAUUCAAGGAUAUCCAAGACAAAGUCCGCCUGCUCUUCCGUAUUCCAAGUCGCUGCUUGAUGGGGUAUCGCAGUGAGAUUAAGACAGACACCCGCGGCAGCGGCAUCCUCAACUCGAUCUUCUACGGGUACGAAAAGUUUCAAGGGCAAGCGUCGGUCCCGUCCAAGGGCAAGUUGAUUGCGUCGUGCAACGGAAAGACCACGACGUAUGCGCUCAACAUGCUCGAAGAACGCGGCGAGUUGUUUGUGAAGCCCGGCGAGGACGUGUACACGGGCAUGGUCAUUGGCGAGCAUUCCCGACCCACCGAUUUGGAAGUCAACCCGACCAAAGAAAAGAAGCUCACCAACAUGCGUGCCGCUGGCAACGACGAGAACGUGCGGCUGUCGCCAGCCCGACAAAUGUCCCUCGAAGAUGUCGUCACGUACAUUGGCGAAGACGAAAUGAUUGACGUGUCGCCGUCCCAGAUUCGCAUUCGCAAGCGCUUCUUGGACCCGAAUGCCCGCAAGCGCGCCAAGUAAACAACGUGCGGGGAACAACCCUAUUAGAGUAACAAUACAGAGCUGGAACCGGUGAGGUCUCGUCCAUGUGGUUGUGACCGGUAGCCCGCUUCGAUUCC